GUUGGUCCACGAGAUAAAGGAGUCAAAUAAAAAUUGUCCUUGAGCUUGGUCAAAGUUCCAGAUUCUUCCUACGUCCCAAUUCAUGAGCAAAAAAGCUAUCUAAUCUACCCACUUGUGAUUUAACAUUGUUGUAUAUAUUACCCAAAAUAAUGUAAGAAGAAAGAACAUCAAAAUUCAAUUCUUUUUCACCAAAAACUUCAUUCCAUGCGUACUUUUUAAUUUAAUUUUGUUACUAUUGUUAUGAAAAAUUCUACUUGCAGCUACGUAAGGCUUUCGCCACUGACUUACAAACACUGUCUAUAUAAACAUUUGCCGCCCUACACAUUCUUCACUCCAUACCCAAAUAAUAAGAAGAAGCUAGCUCUAUUCUCUCAAUAAUACCAUUAAUGGCCUCCCAGUACGUGCAAGAAGUUCUUCCUCCGAUCUUGAAUUCUACAGCUGAACAACGUUGUCUGUUUGAUGGAACUACAAGGUUGUACACCUAUUACUUUUGCCCAUAUGCACAACGUGCUUGGAUCACUAGAAACUAUAAGGGGUUACAAGAAGAAAUUAAAUUAGUCCCUCUCAAUCUUCUAGACAGGCCUGCUUGGUACAAGGAGAAAGUUUACUCUGGGAACAAGGUGCCUGCAAUGGAACAUAAUGGGAAACUUAUUGGAGAGAGUCUUGAUAUCAUAAAAUAUUUGGACACCAACUUUGAAGUCCCUUCACUUUUCCCUGAUCAUCUCGGGAUUCAUAAAUAUCAGACAUGGUGUUAGGCGUCCUGAGUUUAUCAUGAACUAAGAACACGAGAACUGUUAAGCACGAGCUCGGAAUCAAAUAACUGUCGAAGCACGAGUUUGGAGGAGAUAUCCAGCUUGUGACGAUUCAACUAUGAUGCAUAUUCUGGGAUCCCCAGAGACUUGGGAUAUGUUUAUACAUUUAUUUAUGACCAGACUGUCAUAUUUAUUAUCAGAGAUAGCAGGAACAUAUUUAUUCUAUUAUCAAAUCAUAUCCCCAUAUAAAUAGAAAUUAUUUGUAUUGAAUAUAGACAUUAUGUAAAUGCGUGAUUAACUCACGUGGUUACCUAAACCUGUCCAUUGAAUUCCCCUAUAAAUACUGGGAAUGUUGGACAAGAAAAGAAGGAGAUUAUUCUGUAAUACUGAAACUCUGCCAAAAUAGUGAGAGAAAUAGUAAUAAUAGUGACUUGUGGACUAGGUGGAU